AUGUCAAGCGGAGCAGACGGGCUCCUCGGAGCGGUGGUGGACGAGGCGUGCCGAAGCGGGGAGGAGCAGGCGGUGCGUGAGGCGCUGGCCACCGGGUACGGGUGCGACUCGGCGUACAAGGGGUGGACGCCUCUGCAGAGGGCGGCGGCGGCGGGCCAUGUGGCCAUUACCGGUGCCACGGCAUUGAUGCUCGCCAGUGGCUGCGGGCAUGUCAAUGUGGUGAGGUUUCUGGUCAAGCAGACAAGAGCCGACGUCGAUGCCUGCAAUGACGAAGGCGCAUCUCCAUGCUAUCUCGCGGCACAGAACGGGCAUCUCGAGGUGGUGCGAUAUCUGGUUUCCGACGUCGGCGUGGAUCCACUCUCGCCGCUGCCGGACGGUACGUCGACGGUGUACAUUGCGGCUCAGAACGGCCACGUCGACGUCCUGCGCUUUCUCCUCGGCCAGGUUCCCGAGGCUGCCAUGGCCCGCCGGGCGGAGGGCGCCUUCCCGCUGCUUGUGGCUGCUUUUAGCGGCAAAGUCGAGGUCGCACGACUGCUGGUUGAGGAGCACGGGGCAGACGUUGACGAGUGCGACGCCAACGGGGUGACGCCGCUGUAUGUGGCGGCACAGAACGGGCACCUGCCGAUGGUGGCGUAUCUUGCAACCGACGCCGGCGCCGCGGUCGAGGCCGCCGACGUCAAGGGCAUCACGCCGCUGUAUGUGGCGGCGUACUCGGGCCAGCUGAGCAUUGUGCGAUACCUGGUGGAGAAGGCUGCCGCCGAUGUACAGCACGGGCGCGACUCGGGCGCGACGCCACUGUACAUUGCAGCGCAAGUCGGCCAUGCGCAAGUUGUCGAGUACCUAGCGACGACCGAGAGCGGCGGCGUGAACGCGAUCAAGAGCAAUGGCGAGACUGCGCUGCACACGGCAGCGCGGUACGGCCACCUACCGGUUGUGCAGUUUCUGGUCUCGCCUGCCGGCGGUGCCGACGUCGACCGAGUCCGGCGCGACGGCGCGACGCCGUUCUGGGUCGCAGCGCAUGCGGGGCGGGUCGACGUCGUCCGCUGGCUCGCUUCCGCCGCACAGGCUGACGUGCGGCGGCCGACGUGCGACGGGACAACUCCGUUUGCCGCGGCGUGCGCCCGCGGGCACGUCGCUACCGUUGCUUGCCUCGCCGUCGAGGUCCUUGCGCUCACACCCGGCGACUUUCCGGUCGACGCCACGGCGUACUCCCCGACAUCAUCCGGCCGUGGCAUGGUCGUCGAUGGGAGUGGGCAGCGGCUGUUUGGCGUGCUCUCGCGGGCGGCGCUCGAGCUGUACGCCGGCAUGCGGCUGGUCAAGCGAGUGCUGCUCUCGCGGGUCGAGGCCGUCACCCGCGACAGCGCCAGCAUACUUGUACGCUGCAUCGGCGGCGAGACCGUAGCGCUCGACGCCAGCAGUGAGGCCAACGCUGCGGAAUGGGCGGCGGCGCUCGACGAGGCGACUGGCCCCGGGCGGCUCGACUGGCGGCUUCAGGUCGCCGACCUAGUCCUUGACGAGACCAAGUCCGGGGUGUUGGGACGCGGCGCCUUUGGCGUUGUUCGUCGUGGAACGUGGCACGGUUUUCCGGUGGCGGUCAAGCAGCUGCACGAUGCUGAGAGUAUGGGCCAAGCGGCGCGGGCCGAGUUUGUGCACGAAGCCGAGCUCAUGGCCGGCUUGCGGCACCCGAACGUGGUCCGCUUCAUCGGCGCCUCACUCGACGCCGACUCUCCAUGCCUGGUAACCGAGCUUCUGGAAGGUGGCUCGCUGUACUCGCUUCUCCACACGAAGCGGAGCUUUGCCGUCGACUGGCCGCUUGUUGUUCGCAUCGCGAGCGACGUCGCAGCCGGCAUGGCCUACCUCCACGCUUGCGAGCCGCCGGUUGUUCACCGCGACCUCAAGUCGCCCAAUGUCCUCCUUGACCGCAGCCUCCGGGCCAAGAUCGCCGAUUUUGGCCUGACCAAGGCCAUUGCCGAGACCGGUGUCCACACAACUGCCGGAACCGCUCGCUGGGCCGCACCCGAGCUCCUCCGCAACGAGGCGUACGGCCACAAGGUCGAUGUCUACUCGUUUGGCGUUUUGCUGUGGGAGAUGUGUACGCGGAGUGUGCCGUACCGCGAGCUCGACAACAAUCAAGUCAUCUUCCGCGCCCUCCGCGGCGGCGCACGGCCGACCAUCCCCGACUACGUCCCGCCCACACUCGCCGCACUGAUGUCCGAGGCCUGGGCCGAGGACCCGACCGUGCGUCCAGCCUUUGUUGACAUUGUCGCCCGCCUCGACCUCGGCGCGCCGUCGGUGGCUGCCAGCUCGGGAGGCCCUGCCGUUCCUGACGGUGUGCCAGGCACUCGUGCCCCGCGUGGUAUGCUCCUCUCGUCAUCGUCGUCGUCCGAUGCCGACGAUGAUGGCCAGGCCGAUCCUGCCGACGAGAGCGAUGACGACAACGACAGCGACGACGAGCCACUGCUCCGCACCGUUGUCCACUUCUCCGCCUCAAAUAGCGGCGCCAGUCCGGAUCAGGGCUCAUCAUCGACGGCCGCACCUCGCGGCGGUUUUGACAUCAGCGUCAUCUCGUCCUGGCUCUCGUUUGACGUAGCCUCGUGGUGGGCGGGCAAGAGCUGA